AGGGGUUGUUGUUGAACAAUCCAGGAGACCCGGUCUGGGAGGGAGAAGGUGGCAAGAUGGUGUUGGAAAGCACUAUGGUUUGUGUGGAUAACAGUGAGUACAUGCGGAAUGGGGACUUUCUGCCUACCCGCCUUCAGGCUCAGCAGGAUGCUGUCAACAUAGUAUGUCACUCCAAGACCCGAAGCAACCCCGAGAACAACGUGGGCCUCAUCACAUUGGCCAAUGACUGUGAAGUGCUGACCACACUUACCCCUGACACCGGUCGCAUCCUGUCCAAGCUCCACACUGUUCAACCCAAGGGCAAGAUCACCUUCUGCACUGGCAUCCGCGUGGCCCACCUGGCUCUGAAGCACCGACAGGGCAAGAAUCACAAGAUGCGCAUCAUUGCUUUUGUGGGAAGCCCGGUGGAAGACAACGAGAAGGAUCUGGUGAAACUGGCCAAACGCCUCAAGAAGGAGAAAGUAAAUGUUGACAUUAUCAAUUUUGGGGAAGAGGAGGUGAACACAGAAAAGCUGACUGCCUUUGUCAACACACUGAAUGGCAAAGAUGGAACCGGUUCUCACCUGGUGACAGUACCUCCUGGGCCCAGCUUGGCUGAUGCCCUCAUCAGUUCUCCCAUUUUGGCUGGUGAAGGUGGCGCCAUGCUGGGUCUUGGUGCCAGUGACUUUGAAUUUGGAGUAGAUCCUAGUGCUGAUCCUGAGCUGGCCCUGGCCCUUCGUGUUUCUAUGGAAGAACAGCGACAGCGGCAGGAAGAGGAGGCCCGGCGGGCAGCGGCAGCCUCUGCAGCAGAAGCCGGAAUUGCUACAGCUGGGGCUGAAGACUCAGAUGAUGCUCUGCUGAAAAUGACCAUCAGCCAGCAGGAAUUUGGUCGCGCCGGACUCCCUGACCUAAGCAGUAUGACUGAGGAAGAACAGAUUGCGUAUGCCAUGCAAAUGUCCUUGCAGGGAGCAGAGUUUGGCCAGGCAGAAUCCGCUGACAUUGAUGCCAGUUCAGCAAUGGACACAUCUGAACCAGCCAAGGAGGAGGAUGAUUAUGAUGUGAUGCAGGACCCUGAGUUUCUUCAGAGCGUUUUGGAGAACCUUCCAGGUGUAGACCCCAACAAUGAGGCCAUUCGAAAUGCUAUGGGCUCCCUAGCCUCCCAGGCCACCAAGGAUGGCAAGAAGGACAAGAAGGAGGAGGACAAGAAGUGAGACUGCUCAGUAGACUGUAUGGGGUGGGAUAGGAUGUAGGGCUAGAUAUGUUAUCUGUAACUAUUGCAACCAAAAUAAAACUUUACAACUUUU